AUGGUGAGUAAGGAGCCCAGCAAAUGCUUACUCACCGCCUCGGAAAGCGAAGUUGAGCCGGCGGCUUCGCUCGCUCUGGAGAUGAAAUACGCGCUGGAUCCCAACCGGCAGAUUAAGAAGCGGAACAAAGCCCUCCAGGUGAGAUUUAAGGACAUCUGCGAGGCGCAGAACGAGCAGCGGGACAAGCAGCUGUCCACCACGCAGGAGCCCGACCGGAGGGAAGCCAAGGCCGUCUCCUACAAAACGGCGUACCGCAAGUACAUGACGGUGCCCGCCCGGCGGUCGAUCCCCAACGUCACCAAGAGCACAGGAGUCCAGACCUCACCCGAUCUCAAAAAGUGUUACCAGACCUUUCCUCUGGACCGGAAAAAGGGGAAUAUUCUUAAAAGCGCCUCGACCGUCGACACCUUCAAGAGCCAGAACAACGGGUUUCUAAUCGACGUGAAGGAGAAGGACGGCGGGAGCUCGGGGGAGGCCGCGCCGUGGGGCAGGAAACCCCAGGCGGGGGAUGCCGGCGCCUGCUCGUCGCGGUGCCAAGCCGCCGAAUGUCCCGAGCAGACCCUCCAGGUAAACGUUUCGCCGGCGGAGGAGAACCAGCCUUGCCGGACGGCCGUCGCGGUGAGCGAGGAAUGCCAACAAAUCGUGCCUCACACGGAAGUUGUGGACUUGAAAGCCCAGCUUCAGAUGAUGGAAAAUUUGAUCAGCUCCAGUCAGGAAACCAUAAAAGUCUUGCUGGGUGUUAUACAGGAGCUAGAGAAAGGAGAAGCUCACAGAGAAGGGCUUUCAUAUCGGACUGGUCAAGACACGGCUAAUUGCGACACAUGCAGGAACAGUGCAUGUAUUAUCUAUAGUGUGGAAUUGGAUUUUAAACAGCAAGAAGAUAAAUUACAGCCAGUUUUGAGAAAACUUCAUCCUAUUGAGGAAACUCAGGUUGCACCUUUGCCUUAUUCUCAGGAGAGCUACUCCUCCACUCCCAAGCAAAAAUCCAAAACUGAAUCAAAAAAGCAUGGAAGAUGGAAACUCUGGUUUCUUUAA